AUGUCCUGCGGAUCCUACCGCAGACAACCCUCCACGCAGGGCAGUGAAAUCGUUGUUAAGCAUAGGUCUAGCUAUAGCUCAGUGAGCAAGAAGUUAAAUCCAGGGCUGGUACCGAAGCCCCUACAUGAGAAACAAGCCUUCCCGGAGGAUACGUACAGAGUGAGAUUUGAGUCUCGUAACAUUUGCCGUCACGACCAGGAGGAGAGUACCAACACACUCCAGCGCAUUAACACACACACCCCCUCUCAGGUCAAGGUGAUCCGACUGUGGGUAGCGCUUUUCUUUGCUGGCAAGGCUCAUGAAAGACUACCUGGACUGCCUCGGGCCGAUGGUGCAUCGCGGUCAACAUCAUAA